AUGGGAGGUAACAGCAGCUGCUGCCAUGAUGAGCAGAGACUUCCUGGAGAGAUGAUAUGUGCACAGAGCACCAAGAUGGGAGUUCCGACACAGACCACUCUCACUGGAAAUCGAGAGAAUCCGUCAGAUAUUCGCGAAUCUGCGACAGAGCAGUUGGCGAGGAGCGAUAAAUCCGAUGAUUGUAACGAUGGACCAUCAGGGCUUCAAGCAGUUCAUACAGAGAGCUCGGAGCCAGUCGAGGACCACGUGGGAUGGAUCAGGAUGAAAUCUUUGUCUCAGCUGGAGGUUGACCAGGACAUUUUCCGGAGCAUUCCAAUGAGGCAAACCCUGCGGGGAGGGGGCCGUCUUUGGCGAAAAUCCCCCUUAGACCUUCCCGAGGAAGCUCGCAAAGCCUUGUGGGAGCAAUCCCGUCCUGCAGCCUUGCUCGAUGUGUUCCUGUCGCACACUUGGAGGACGUCAGGUCGGUGGAAGGUUUUUGGUCUCUUGUUGCAGUCCUGCUGGACUUUUUUGCUGCUGUCCUGGAUGGGUUUUCUCGUCAUCAUUGUUGCUUUGUACAAGGCAGAGGUGUUGCCGCGCCCAUUUACAUCGGCGUCCAACGUCACUGUUCUGGGUGUCCAAGUCACUUGUCAUGUUGGCCCUUUCCUUCUGGCGGCCUACCUCCCAGCCAUGUUCGUCGGGGCCCUCUGCGCCGCCUACUCACCGCAAGGUUGCAGCACUCAGUGCUUUUUGGACGUAGUCUGCAUCCACCAGGUGGACCAAAAGCUCAUGCUGCGAGGAAUCUACAGUUUGGGAGGCUUCCUUGCCCGCUCAAAGGAGCUGCGAGUUUUGUGGUCACCACCUUACUUCUCCAGGAAAUGGUGUGUCUUCGAGAUGGCAGCUUACAGGGCAGCCAACCCGACUGGGCGAAUCCGACUGGUGCCGCUCUUCCUGGAGGUGGCAAUCCUUGCACUUUGGACGAGCGUCUACUUCACCACCUGGCUGAUGUACGUGGCUGCAGCGGUCCAGUCUCCUCUAAAUGCCACAUUUCCGUUUCCGAUCGCACCCAUUGCGCUGCUGCCGAUGCUUGUAGCUGCUCAUACCCUACGCCGGUUCAUAGCAGAGAAGCAGACUUUGGUGGAAGGGCUUGCAAACUUCGAUGUGGACAAAUCCGAAUGUCGGCUGGACUUCGACAGCCAAUUCGUCAACACAGCGAUUGAGGCAUGGUACGGUAGCAGGGAUGUUUUUAACCAGUACGUCCGGGGAGCCUUGCGGAUGGAGUUAGUGGCGCAGGCCACUCAUGUGCCCGUUGCCUACUUCCUGCUGUUCAGCACCAUCCCCAUGCUGCCCGGCUUAGAGAUCACUGUGGGAAUGUGGCUAGACGGCCUUCCGCAUGAUUUCAUUUGGGCUCGAAUCAUGGCUUGGUUGAUCGGCUUCGGCGUGGGCUCGCAGCUUCUGUCUCUCAAGCUGCUUUUCUACCUUUGCGAUCGCUUUGCAUCUCCCAGAAUGGGUUCGUGCGCGUGCGACUAUGUUCAGACGGUUCUGAUCUUCAUGGCAUACAUGAUUUGCGACCUCGCCAGCUACACACUCAGCAAUCGAGCUCUUCAACAUAGCCUCUGGGCCUGCGGGAUCUACUGCGGAGCGAUGCUCUGCAUGGCAGGCUUUUGCCACCGGAGGUCCCUAGUCCAGAAGCUGAGCUAG